CGUGCUCGGCCGCGGAGGAGGCGGCCCGGCAGGGGCAGCGGAGGCGCUGCGCUCGCCUUGGGGAGGCCGAGCGUGCCAAGCUGGCGCCCGGCGGGGCCAUGGUGGCCGGCGCCCGCGGCCUCCUGGCCCUUCUGCUUGUGGUCUCCGCCCCGCUCCGGCUGCAGGCGGGCGAGCUGGGUGAUGGCUGUGGGCACAUAGUGACCUAUCAGGACAGUGGCACAAUAACAUCUAAGAAUUAUCCAGGGACUUACCCCAAUCACACGGUUUGUGAAAAGACCAUCAGAGUACCAAAAGGGAAGAAGCUGAUUCUGAGGUUAGGCGAUCUGGAUAUUGAAUCCCAGACCUGUGCUUCUGACUACCUUCUCUUCACCAGCAAUUCCGAUCAGUAUGGACCAUAUUGUGGAAGUAUGCCUGUUCCCAAGGAACUCCUAUUGAACACGAACGAAGUCACUGUUCGCUUUGAGAGUGGAUCCCACAUUUCGGGGCGGGGAUUUUUGCUGACCUAUGCCAGCAGUGACCAUCCAGAUUUAAUAACGUGCUUGGAACGCGCUAACCAUUAUUUGAAAACAGAAUACAGCAAAUUCUGCCCAGCUGGUUGUCGAGACAUAGCAGGAGACAUUUCUGGGAAUCUGGUGGAUGGAUACAGAGAUACCUCGUUAUUGUGCAAAGCCGCCAUCCAUGCAGGAAUAAUUGCAGAUGAGUUGGGCGGUCAGAUCAGUGUGCUUCAGCACAAAGGGCUAAGUCGCUAUGAAGGAAUCCUGGCCAAUGGUGUGCUCUCAAGAGACGGUUCCCUGUCCGACAAGCGAUUUCUCUUUACCUCCAACGGUUGCAGCAGAUCAUUGAGUUUGGAACCUGACACACAGAUCAGAGCUUCUUGGCAGUGGGUCAGUGAGAUGGGAGAACAAGUUCACUGGUCUCCUGGCCAAGCCCAAGUUCAGGGCCAAGAUCUGUCAUGGGCUUCGGGGGACAGUGGCAAGAACCGUAAACAGCGCGAGUGGCUGGAGACCGAUUUGGGAGAGAAAAAGAAAAUAACGGGAAUUAUGACCACAGGAUCCACACAGUCAAAUUUCAACUUCUAUGUUAAGAGUUUCGUGAUGAAGUUCAAAAACAGCAACUCCAAGUGGAGGACCUAUAAAGGAAUUGCGAGUAAUAAAGAAAAGGUGUUUCAGGGCAACUCUAAUUUUCGGGAUCCAGUGAGGAAUAAUUUCAUCCCUCCCAUCGUGGCCAGAUACGUGCGGGUUGUCCCCCAGACGUGGCACCAGAGGAUAGCUUUGAAAGUGGAGCUCUUUGGCUGCCAGGUCACACAAGGUAAUGAGUCAUUGGUGUUGCGUAAAACAAGUCCAAAUACUGUCAGUUCCACUGAAAGAGAAGAUGAGACGAUCACAGAAUCCGUCCCCUCUCCGGAAAUGCCCACAGGAAUAAACAUCACAGCUGUUGCUAUUCCGCUGGUGCUCCUUGCCGUGCUGCUUGCUGGAAUGGGAAUCUUUGCAGCCCUCAGAAAGAGGAAGAAGAAAGGAAAUCCAUAUGGAUCAGCUAAGGCCCAGAAAACAGACUGUUGGAAGCAGAUCAAAUAUCCCUUUGCCAGACAUCAGUCCGCUGAGUUCACCAUCAGCUAUGAUAAUGAAAAGGAAAUGACGCAAAAGUUAGAUCUCAUCACAAGUGAUAUGGCAGAUUACCAGCCGCCGCUCAUGAUUGGCACCGGGACCGUGACCAGGAAGGGCUCCACCUUCCGCCCGAUGGACACCGAGGCGGACGAGGCGGCUCCGAGCGCCGAGGCCGGCAGCCACUACGACUGCCCCCUGCCGACCGGCCGCCACGAGUACGCCCUACCCUUGACCCACCCCGAGCCCGAGUACGCCACGCCUAUCGUGGAGCGGCACGCGGCGCGGGCGCACGCCUUCUCGGCGCAGAGCGGCUACCGCGCGCCGGGACCCGGGCCGGCGCACGCGCAAACACACGCGCACGCGCACGCGCUCCCGGCCGGCGGCGCGUCGUACCAGACGCCGCCGCGCCCCGCGCCCGCAGCCGGGCGCCGGGGCUACGAUCAGCCCAUAGCCGGCGGCCCGGCCGCGGAGCGCGCCCACCCCGACUACCAGGAGCCGCGGGCGGAGCCGGCCGCCAGCACCGCCUACGCGGCCCCCCGAGACUGCCUCCAACCCCUCAGCCCCACAGCCAUGACCGCUCUCUUGUGAGCACACUGUGAAAGCAACCUGCUGCGGUACCGAGCGGCGGGCUGUGUGCGGCCCUGGAGGACGGGAGAUGGGGUCAAGUGUGCGUGUGUGUGCGCGCGUGUGCGUGUGUGUGCGCGUGGGUGUGCCUGAGACUUCAUAGGAUCCUGCGGUGGAGUCCUAGGGACCACCUCACCUACUGUUUACAAAGUAGUGCAUCUGGUUUUGUUCUGACCCGUAGGGCAAGAGUCUGUUGGGUUUUGUUGGGCUAGGAAAAUGAAAAUUCUCAGAGGGCAUUUUCAUUUCUCUAACUGUGAUAUUGAGCUGCUUUGGUAUAAAAUGUGCAAUCUGUACAGAGUUAUAUUUAACAUGAAUUAAAGUAACUUAAGUUCGCUUUAUCAGAUUUUACUUCUGCACAGAGGCUAAGUGGGAGAAUGCAGCAAAAACGUGUAUAAUAGUAUGUUCACUCUUUAAGUCUAUUUUAUCUGAUACUGUGUUCGCAGCAGGUCUGUUUAAACGUAAUCUUGUUAUUGUGGCUCAUUUCCUUUCCUUUGAUAACUAGAACUAAAGCAUUGCUAACAUUCUUCUGGAAGGAAUGAAAUUACUUGAAGCAUGAGAAACACACCAGGGUGGUUGUUAGCAAUUAUGACUGUAGAUUAAAACAAAACACAGUACCACACAACCACCUCAGCAGCUGCCUGUUCCUGACUCCACUUGGGAUGGGGGGUGCGGUGGCCCGUCAGGGCGCCCGCCAGCAGGAGGUUCCUGCGGGCCGCAGGGGGCCUCCCUGCCUGAGGGGCCUUCAUCCCACUUUGCUUCCUCCUCACCUCAGGCCCAGCGGACACUGUAUGGCUUUCCCAGGCAAAUCCACCUUUUCAAACUGUCUGCCAAGCCAAGUGCUGAGACGUAGCAACCAAAACUGCUCUCCCAACAAACUGAAUGAAGGUGGCCCAGUGAUUACAGUCUGAAUUACUGUGUCAGAUGCUUUUGUACCUAAUUAAAAAUAUUGCUGAGGUCAGACGCCCACACUUUGCAUGACUUUCUUCAGAAAAUAACACAUUGUGACUAUGAAUGACGCAAAGUUAUUUGAGGUGUGUUCUUACAAAAGGGACCGAGGCCAAAUCUACAUAAAGCUUUUUUCUACUGAGAUGGUUGGGAACUGAUUUUGUUUCUUACAAAAUCAGCGUUGUCUCUAAUUCCAGAUUAGCCCAGACCUCAGCUGUACCUCAUGUUCAGCUUUUUACCUGUUUGCUUUGAGUUCACUGUGGACGAUUUGCCUUCUUUUGCCAGAGGAAAGUGUGUGUUUGUUUGACAAAAAAUGUGGACCAAAAAAAUCCUUUACCUAAAAAAUGUAUUAUGAUUCUGUUUGUAGAACUAUGACUUUCUGUGAAAUUAAAUAUUAAAGUAGGGUGCUGGAAGUUGACAGCAGACUUUUUGGGUAUUUUAGAGGAUAAACCGUUUACUUUGUGGAGUUUACAUGGUUUUAUAUGCAUACUAAUUGUAAUAAUAAACUAUGCCAAAUCACAGUG